UCUCAUCGGGCCAGUUUGAAUACUGUGUGUGGUGGUAGUAGGUACGCUGCGUUUAUAAUUUUAUAUCCGGAAAAUGUCGAGUGGAGCAACACCGAAGAAGUUAAAGAAAGUUGAAGGAGCCAGUGCAUCUGGCGAAGGAGAAGAAGGACGAGAUUAUGAUGCCGAAACUCAGAAAGCACUGGAAGAAAUAGAUGCUUGUCAAAACGAAAUCGAUGCACUGAAUGAAAAGGCAAGCGAGGAAAUACUGAAGGUGGAACAGAAGUACAACAAAUUAAGAAAGCCGUAUUUCGAAAAAAGGAACGACAUUAUCAAGAGGAUACCAAAUUUUUGGGUUACUGCAUUUGUAAAUCACCCUCAGAUUUCAGCAAUCCUUGAAGAAGAUGAAGAGGAUUGCUUGCAUUACUUGUCAAAACUUGAAGUUGAAGAAUUUGAAGAUAUCAAGUCUGGUUACAGAAUCAAUUUUCACUUUGAAGAGAACCCAUAUUUUGAAAAUGAUGUACUCACCAAAGAAUUUCACCUGGGGUCUUCUGGAGAUCCGGCUUCUCAGAGUACCCCCAUUCGAUGGAAGGAGGGAAAUGACUUAACUAAGAAAGGCAAAGAAAAGAAUGUUGGAAAGGGGAGAAAACGAGCUUUGGAACAAAAGACAUUCUUUAAUUGGUUCACAGAUCAUGGUGACCCAUCAGCAGAUGACAUUGCAGAGGUUAUCAAAGAUGACAUGUGGCCCAAUCCACUGCAGUAUUACCUGGUGCCUGACAUUGAGGUUGAAAAUGGUGUUGAGGGUGAAGAUGAUGGCAGUGAAGAAGAGGAAGGAGAUGAUUCAGUAGUAGUGGUGGAGGAAGUUGAAGAGGAGGAGGAUGUGGAAGGUGAAGAGGGUGAUGAUGAUGAGGUUAUGGUGGAAGAAGAUGAAGAUGAUGGGGAAGAAGUUGUAGAAGAAGGGGAUGAUGAAGCUGAAGAGGGUGAGGAAGGUGGUGAUGAGUGAAGAGCAGUAUAUACAAGGAUGGAUUGUGAAAACUAUGCUUGGGUGUCAGUGAUGAUACAAGUGGGUGUACGUUAAGAAAGAACACAAAGUAACAUGGUUCUGUAUCAAAUAUCAGUGGUCCCUAUCCCUCCCCUAAUUGGUUCCUCCAGAAAAUGUUAACGUGUAGACGUGAGACUGGACCGCUGGACUGCCAACCAUUAUGUACAAUAGAAGUCUCAGAUUGUGCACUAUUGUUUCUGUUGUUUAUUGCAGCCAUGUUUGUUUAAAUAAUAAUAAUAAUAAUAAUAAUAAUGUGAUUUGGUGGAUAAUUUGUAGAAGGCUCUAUUUGGAAGUGAAGGUGAGUUAAUUUCCUUUCAUUUUCAUUUGUUCUACAUAGUGCAAAAUUUUGUAUUGCUAAAUGUAUUUCAGUUACUGAUGGACAGACGUCUUGAUAACACUUCCAUUUUUCUGUUGUCCAUUGACACAGUUUAUUGGUAAUUAAAAAAUUAAAAUUUCAGGCCAUGAUCUAUUAGAAAACUGCAGUUAAUUUCUUACAAAUAUUGAAAAUUCUCAGUGGUAGAUUUUAUCUUUUUUCUUGGGAUGGUUAUUUUGUAUUUAUUGUGUGGUUUUGUGACAUAUGCUGAUAUAGUGAAUUAAUAUGUGUAAAGGGAUACAGAGGUUAGCUUCACAUGUCUUAGAUACAGGCAGAGGCUGCACAUUCACUGUUGAAAGAGAUGACAGGUUGAAGGCCUUGCCAUACACCAAGCAAAGAAUGGAUUCUUAUUCCUCUUCCAAGUUUUUUUAAAAGUUUUCAUAUUGUUCAUACACAUUUUUUUUUGUUAACGAUCUCUACAUUUUUCCCUCUUUAUCUUCUGCCUCCAGAAAUUGGCUUCUAUCAAAACCAGUAUACACAGUUCAGUAUGUUGCAGUUAAGAUUUUUUAACAUAGUGGGGUAGCAGAACUUCAUGCAUGUGUUUUCAAGCAAUGGCUGUUAUUUAUAAAUGGUAUACUACUUGCAGAAUUUUCUCUUGUUUUAAUGCAUUCGUUACAAGACUGACAAGGUAUUUCUUCUCAGACUUUCAACUUUUUAUUUUAUCUUUCAUUAUCCUUCUGUUUCUGUUUAAACCAAUAUUAAAGCAUUUAAAUCUCAGUGUAGGCUGCACAGAUUAUUAAUUAUGCUUAAAUGUUUAUUUCCAUCUUUCAUGUCAAAUUUUGUUAAAUAAUUUAUAAUGUCUUAUUUCUAUGACUGCAGACAUUCGUUAUUGUUUUUUUCAACUCCAUGAUAUAUUAACUGCUUUCACAGAACUUGUAUGCAAGCAUUUUAUAUUUAAUUCGUAUUACUUAAAUCUUAUUUUCUUAUUAUACUGGAUCUGCUUUCUCAUUCUUAUGUGAAUAACAUAUUUUAAUAAACCCUUAAUCUAUAUUCUGUUCUCAGUACAAAGAUUCUGAAUUUUAAACAUGUAUUUCCAUUUACUUGUAUUUCACAAAUGAUGUGCAUAUGUGUGUGUGGGUGGGUGGGUGCAGUAUGUGGAAAAUGAUCCAACACAUUUUGCUACUUCAGUAAAUAACAUGUAAUUUGUGGUUGUUAUGUAAUGUAGCGAUUAAAAUAUACAUAGCUACUACAUCUCCAGCUGAAUUAAAAAAAAAUACACACCUUGAUGAAUGCGGUGAAUUUUAAACUAUUGACUUCAAGGAGUUCUAACGGAUAUUCAGAAGUCUUAGGAUUUCAUAGCAUUCUGUGAUGGGGAAUGCUUGUUCUUGUAAUAUAUAUCCCCCAAAAUAUGUAAAUAUUUUCAUCACCAGUUCAUUUGUGGUAAUAUAAAAAUACAUGGAUCUUUAAAUUACACCAUUCAAGAGAAUACACUUCUUUUUACACGUGAAGGCUUUGACUUCAUAUUAUUUGUAGAGAAAAUAAGCUCAUUUUGUGAGUUAUUUCACAGCUUGAAAUUGUGCGCGUCACCUUUUCCACUGCAUACAUAUUAACAGAUGUUAGAAGAAGCGUGUUGUUAUAUUCAUUGUAUUGAAAACAUUGAAGUGUUCAUGGGAGAAGAGCAUAAAUCAACCAUGUUCUUUGCUGUGCUACACAAGCCCUCUACUUGAUUGAAGAUUGUACUGAAACUUGUUGUGGUUAGUUCUUAUAUGAAAAAAAAAAUAUUCAUACCUCACCGUGACUAGAGAUCUUCAUUUGUCAUUGUAUCAGAUAAAGAGUUUACAUUUGGCAGUUACCAGAUUGCACCAAGGUGUAUGGCUUCUCCUAUCUUGGAGUUUAAAUAAUUCCUAUUCAUUUGCGAUGUGUAAAACAUAAUGCAUAAUACAAAAAGACCAGGCAGUUGUAUUUUUGGUUGGGCUAGGGUUUCUCUUCCCCGCACCACCACCAUUCAGUAUAUCCAUUGUGGAUUUGUGAAAUAUGUCUUAAAAACACAGACCUCUUUCACUGUUCAUAUCUUUGGUGUAUGGCAGUGCCAGUGAAAAGUGACCUCCCCAUCACCUCUAGUUAAUAUGUCAGACUUCUCACCCAGAUUUCUGAAUAGUUCCAAUAACUGAAAAACUGUUGAGAGUUAAACAUAAACAGCAAGUGAAAGAAGCCAGAUCACACUUGAGUUCUCAGAUCCAACAGUUACUAAACUUGGCUCAUGAUAGAAUUGAUAUAAUUGUUGCUAAAGUAGCAACUUUAUUUGCAAAAAUCUCUGCAAACCACACAUUGAGUUUAUUAAACAGUUUAGUUACACUAACCCAUGGGCUCCCCCAGGAAUUUUUUCGAAGGAGGGAACCAGAAAAUUUGCUUACAAACUUUAGCUUAAGUGUUUAAUACUGUCUUUACUGAGCAACCAAGAGUAUCCAUGUUAAAAGAAUAAUUUUCAAUACUAACAUUUGUUGUUGUUCUAUUUAUCCUAAAAUCCAGGGGGCAGUUGCCUGAUUCCUAUACUGUUUCUGCCCAUUUCAUUGCCAUAUAACGGAAGCACAUGAUAUACUACACCAUACCUAAAUAAUUUAAUAGCCAGUGCUUUGAAAUAAAUGCAUUAAUAUUUACUUGGUGAGGUCUUUUAAAAUGACAUAAGGAAAUGUUUGCGUUAGAGAAAUAGCAUAUUUUGUUGGCCCGCCAGUGGGUCAGCCCCAUAUACCAGUAUUUUUCAUGCUCUUAUCUGUAUGCAUUGACCCUUUCUUCAGUCCCACCUUCCAUUGGACUGCUAUAAAUUAUUCUCCUGUUGUUUUAUAGCAAGUCAGAAAAAAACAGUGGAAUGAAAUCUUAUGUUAGCUUCUGUUUCGUUUCUGUGAACUCUUACUCUGGUAAGUGCUAUAGAGUUUUAUAUAUGUAUAUAUAUAUAUAUAAAAUAAUAAACUCAAUAUGCUAGUCUUUAGUAAUAUGAUAUAUUGGAUUCAGAUAUUAGUAAGUCAGCAGAAAUCUUGUUGGACAGUUUGUGAACUCUAGCUGAACUGCAGAGCCACGCCAUAGUUUUAGUUCAUAUUUUUAGGGGGCAGCUUUAUCAGGGACUUGUAUGCACAUGUAACAUGGAAUAUUUUAGCUGGCAAACCUGCUCUUUGUCAGGAUAUGAAUGUGGGCAUAAUGUACCUUAAAUCAUGUUAAUACAUGCUGUAAUGAAAUGGGUACCAUAUUAUGAAGAUGCGAGGCCAUUGUGAAUAUCAUCAUUUAUAUAAAUUAACCUGUACCUUUUUAAUCUAUAUUUGACAGGUU